GUUGACGGGAAGUCUGUUUUUGAAUACGCCACAUUGCAGUCACUGAUGGCGUUAUUUUAAUAGCCAUGUAAAUAAAUAAGCAUGCGCAGUGAUCUCCAAAUUAUUGCUGCUUCCUGAUUUUGAACACAUUUUGAAGAGAUAAAGGCUUGGGAGUUUUGCUGAACUUUGAUCAUGUCCUGUUGUAAAACAAACCGUGUUGAGCAAGUUUUCAGGGCAGCUUUUAAGAAGCUCGGGAAGAUUGUGGGUACAAAUCCCUGGUGGUUCCUCACAAUUCCUCUCCUUUUUUCUGCGGGACUCGGCGUAGGUUUUUAUUUUUUACCGGUACUUGAAGCCAAUGAUUUGGAAGAGCAAUUUACACCUAUCGACGGGCCAGCAAAGUCCGAGAGAGAGUUUAUUAAGCAACAUUUUCCAACCAAUGAUUCUGAAUUGUUCUUUGAACAGAGGCUUUACACAGAGGGGACGUUUGCUUCCUUUAUUGCUGUAUCGAAAGGUAACAACAUCCUUACCAUUGAUGCGUUUAAAGAGAUUGUAUCACUUGAUGAAAAGGUGAAACAGUUUAAUAUUUCUGAUAAUAACCAUACCAUGAGAAACUAUUCUUCUCUUUGUGCAUUGAGAUCAGGCUCUUGCAUUUCAAAUGCUAUUUUAAACUUCAUAAAAGACAAUCUGGAGAGCACCCAGUUUACUUAUCCAACAAUGAAGGGAAUUUUUAUUGGUUCAACAGUUGGGGGUGUAAAAUUAAAACCAAAAAGCAAUAUCAUGGAAACAGCAAAAGCAAUUCAAAUUGACUAUUAUUUACAAGAAGAUACGGAAGAAAUGAGAGAGAGAAGUUUGCUGUGGCUCAAAAAUUUCCUUUCCGCCUUUCGAAAGGAACUGAUGAACCUGACGGAAAUUGAGGUGUCUUAUUUCACAUCAAUAUCAAGGCAAGAAGAAUUUGAAGGAAAUUCUGAAAAAAUCAUUCCUUUGUUCUCAGUCACUUAUUUUCUUUCGAUCUUUUUUUCCAUCACAUCUUGCAUGAGGUUUGACUGUGUGAGGAACAAAGUCUGGGUUGCUGCUCUGGGAGUUGUGUCAGCUGGAUUUGCCGUACUAUCAGGAUUUGGAUUGCUGCUGUUUUGUGGGAUGAAAUUUGCCAUCAAUACAGCCAAUGCACCAUUUCUCAUUCUAGGUAUCGGUGUGGACGACAUGUUUGUUAUGCUUUCAGGCUGGCAAAAGACAAAAGUUGAAGAUAAAGUUGAAAAACGUUUGGCAGACACGUAUGCUGAAGCAGCUGUUUCCAUCACAAUCACCACAUUGACUGAUGUUUUAGCCUUUUAUAUUGGCAUCCUGACACCUUUUCGAUCUGUGCAAUCAUUUUGUGUUUACACUGGUACAACAGUUCUGUUCUGCUUUAUUUAUAACAUUACAUUUUUUGGAGCUGUUCUUGCACUGAAUGGGAGAAGGGAAGCCAGUAACAGGCACUGGCUGACAUUCAGAAAGGUUGACAAAGAUCCUAAACCAGGAGAAUCUACACUGAGCACCAUGUGUUGUGUAGGUGGGGCUUAUGAUCCAAAAACAGGUGCCGAAUCAGAACAUCCAGUCCACUACUUCUUUAAGGAAUAUUACGGUCCAUUCCUCACCAAUGGAUGGACCAAGGCAGCUGUGGUUCUCCUGUAUUUGGGAUAUUUAGCUGGCAGUAUUUAUGGCUGUUUACAGAUCAAGGAGGGAAUUGAUCUCAGAAAUCUGGCCAUUGAUGAUUCAUAUGUGAUUCCAUUCUAUGAUGCGGAAAGAAAUUUUUUCUCGGAGUAUGGACCACGAAUCAUGGUCACUGUCACUGAGUCUGUAGAUUACUGGAAUUCCACUGUGCGGAGUGAUAUUGAAACCUGUAUGGAGAGAUUUGAAAACCUCUCAUAUGUAGAUCGUGAACUGUCAGAGUCCUGGCUUCGUACCUACGUUAGUGUAUAUGGAAAUAACAAUAUAGAUAUAGACAAGCAAGAUACGUUCAUGACAAACUUAACAAAAUUCCUUCAGUUCGUCCCUGCAUUCAAACAAGAUAUUGACAUUUCAGAAAAUGAACAGAACAUUAAUGCUUCACGUUUUUUCAUUCAAACCAUGAAUGUCAACAGUUCAGUUGCCGAAAAAAACUUACUGACUGAAUUAAGAGAUCUGGCAAAGAAAUGUAGCAUUCCCCUGCUGGUAUAUCACCCUGCAUUUAUCUAUUUUGAUCAAUAUCUUGUUAUAGUAUCCAACACAAUACAGAAUGUAGUUGUGGCGGCCCUUGCUAUGCUUCUUAUCGCCUUAUUGUUAAUACCUAAUCCAGUCUGCUCUCUCUGGGUCACAUUUGCAACAGCGUCAGUUUUAGUGGGUGUAACUGGGUUGAUGGCUUUUUGGGGUGUCAAUUUAGAUUCCAUAUCAAUGAUUAAUCUGGUCAUCUGCAUUGGCUUCUCAGUGGAUUUUUCAGCUCACAUUUCCUAUGCAUUUGUUUCAAGUGGCAAAAGAAGUUGCAAUGAACGAGUUAUUGAUGCACUAUAUGCUCUUGGGUAUCCCAUUAUCCAGGGAGCAUUUUCAACCAUACUGGGUGUGGUUGUGCUGGCUGCUGCAGGAAGUUACAUCUUCAGGACAUUUUUCAAAAUCAUGUUUCUUGUCAUAUCUUUUGGGGCAGUUCAUGGUCUUGUAUUUCUGCCUGUGUUUCUAACUUUCUGUGGAGGUUAUGCAAAGACAGACAAGGACACAAGUGCAUCCCUAGCGAAGUCAAAUAAAGGGACAUACAAUGUGCAUUCAAAUCCAAAAGAAAACAUUCCAGAAAUAGAAUGUAACUCUUCAGGAACAUUUCGUUCAGUCAAUGGAAGUAUGGAGCCCAGUAAAAUAACACUCUUAUAAAUAUAUUGCAUGGACUGUCUGUGAUGAUGUAUUUUAAUUAAUUUUAUAGUUUUGUUCAUUACUUGAACAGAUUUAGCAUUUUUUUUUUGUUUCUCUGCUUGAAGAAGUGAAGGAAAACAGACUGUUUCCAUUUAUUAGUCCAACAGUGGAUUCCAGUUAAUUGGGCCAUCAGUUAAUCAGGGAGCAGCUGCUUAUUUGGGACAACUCUUAAAGAAUAAAAAGAAAAUGAGAAAAUAGCCAGGAUUUGUUUUGUUUAUUUGGGAUACUGUGCAGCUUGAUUGAGGCAGGAGACUGUUGCUGAACAUUUUCUAACUAGCGUCAGUUGCAUGCUCAUUGUAUGGCUGUUAGACAUUACACCCUGCUUAGAGUGAAGUUUUUAAAUAGCAUCACUUUCUUGUUUGUGUUUAAAAGGCAGUGAUUUUUGUCACUGGUAGUUGUCAAGUAAUAUAGGGUAGGACUGGUUUGCUCACUGUGGUUUCAAGCAUUCAGGCUUGGAGAUAUCAGAAAUGGCUGGGUGUGAAAAUGAAGCAAAUUCACUACUUCGUUAGGAACAACAAAGAAUAUGAAGGCAUCAACAAUCAUCUUGAAUGUUACAAUGAAAUUUAAUAUUUGCAGGAUGCAAUUGUUGAGUGUUCUGUUUGCAGGCAGUCCACUAUCUGCGUCUAGCUGGUCUUGUUCAUUUACAGUCAACCUAAAGAGCAUGUCAGCGUACAAUGAAUUAAUUCUUCCAUCGAUUACUAUUAGAAACUAAUACAGAAUUUUAUAGUACUGUAGUGUUCUCAUUUGUUCUGUAUUUCAUUUAAAUACAUAAUUUGCUACUUAAUUAAUUAGGAGUUUCUCUUUUUAUACCUUUUUAACUAUUGGUCUAAUUGGGGCAGCUGCUUAAUUAGGCUAUUCCCAAUGUGUCCCAAUUAACUGAAAUCCGCUGUACUUCCAUUCAAUUGAGAAGUAGGGCAUGCACUGUGAUAAGAGCUGGUGUUAAGCCAGAGAAAUGGAAAAUGUCCAGGAUCCGGUAGUGAAAGACUGAAAAGCUCAUUUGGCAUAGUGCCACAUAAAAGGCUGGUGCAUAAAUUAAGUACUCGGGUUACUGGAAGAAGUGUGUUAGCAUGAAAUAAAAAUAGGCUGUUACAUGUUAAGCAAAGAGAAUCAGAAGCAGGUUUAAUAUCACUAGUAUAUUAAAUUUGUGAAUUACAGUAAAAAUAAAUGUGCAAAUAUAUACAAUUGUUAUAUUAAAUAGGUAAUGCAAAAAAAAAGUAGUGAGGUCCUGCUGAAUGGUCUCAGUCUGAAAUGUCAACUACCCUUUCCAGAGUUGCUGCCUGGCCUACUGAGUUCCUCCAGCGUUUUGUGUGUUACUGAGGAAGUGCUCAUGGGUUCAAUGUCCAUUCAGAUUAAGUGUGUGCCUUCACACUCUUAUGUACCUCCUCCUUGAUGGCAAUGAAAAGAGGCCAUGUCCUGGGUGAUCAGGGUUCUUAAUGAUGGAUUUAGUCACAACAUCACAAGUAAUGAGGGUUUCAGUAUGGACCCCUACAGUGCUUUGACCACUUACAAUUGGAAUUGACUUGGCUUUAUCCUAAUUGUGUUCUUUCUUGGAUAAUUUACAUAAUUUUCUUGUGAAUGCUGUGGCGUAUGCCUUGUAUUGUAAUGCUGCUAAGAAUAAGUUUAUCAUUGCACCUGUGCAUAUGUGUAUAUGGAAAUAAACUGAAUUUUAACUUUG